AUGGACUCGGAUGCUUCCGAUUUCUUCCGUUUCGCAAAGGUGAUUGAAGGCUGCCGAUUCGUGGCUAUCAGGAGCUGUCCUGAGUUUGAGUCUGACUCACUCAGUCUCCUUCAAAAGCUCUACCGGAAGCCGGUCAUUCCUGUGGGGUUGCUUCCGGCGGAGGCCAAUGACGGCGAGAGGGACGAGAGCUGGGACUUGUUAAAACAAUGGCUGGACAAGAAAACCGAAAACUCCGUCCUUUACGUUGCACUCGGUUUCGAAGCUCGGGUUUCUGGUCGUGGUUUAGUUUGGGUCGGUUGGGCUCCACAAAAGCGGAUCAUGGCCCAUCCAUCAAUCGGUGGUUUCUUAACCCACUGUGGAUGGAGUUCUGUGACCGAGGCUCUUGGGUCGGGUCGUGUGUUGAUUCUUUUCCCUGGGGCUUGUUCGGAUCAAGGUUUGAUGGCAAGACUCCUAGUAGGUAAGCAGGUCGGGUUGGAAAUACCGAGGAACGAGCAAGAUGGAUCAUUUACAAGUGACUCGGUAAGUGAGUCAAUAAGACGAGUUAUGGUGGAAGAAGAAGGAGAACAACUCAAGAGAAAUGCAUGGGCAAUGAAGGAAAUAUUUGGGAAUGUGCAGUUGCAAAACAAAUAUUUAGACGAGUUCACUCGGGUCCUUGAAAGUGAAUUGGUAUUAACCAAAUCCACUUGA